AUGACAGCAACAAGAGCUUCAGGCACCAAUGCUGUUCGGUACGGCACGAUGCGAGAGGCAGUGCUGGGGGUCACUGCAGUGCUGCCCAACGGGCAGAUCAUAAAGACGGGCAGCCGGGCACGAAAGUCUUCCUCAGGCUAUGACUUGACUCGCCUCAUAAUAGGCAGUGAGGGCACCUUGGCUGUUGUCACCGAGAUAGAAGCAGUGAAUCGCUACUCCAAGACGCACCUGCGACCAAGCCCCACGCUCUUCUUUGAGUUCCACGGCACUGCUGCUGCUGUUGAGGAGCAAGCUAAGCAGGUUUCGGAGAUUGCAUCUGGCAAUGGCGGCGGCUCGUUUGAGUGGUCGACGGCCCCUGAGGAGCGAUCCAAGCUGUGGGCUGCCCGCCACUCCGCCUACUACGCUGCCUUGGCCCUCAGACCCAACAGCAAAGGAAUUGCUGCGGUGGACAAUGAAGGCCUCUCCUAA